AUGAUCUACGCGGCAUGUUUUGUAUUUUUUAUUUUAACUGGAGUGAAAGAAUCGCUGGCGGGGAAGUGCGACAGAAAAAUAGACAGUGGGACAGCCCCCAGUGUCCAUGACGGAAAAUUCUUCAUCACUCUCUGGACUUUUAAUAAAACAGAUACUGUCGAUCAGUAUAUGCCCAACACACGAUACAUUGUGACCCUUGAGGGAACCAAAUUGCAGCACACAGUAUCACAAGAUUCCGCAGGUUACAGAGAAAAGUUCACAAGAUUUAUAUUGACAGCCGAUAACAAAAAUGACUCCUCGACAGUCGAGGGAACCUUUGAUCUCGUCGACGAGAUGUUGACCCAGUUUUCCGACAAGUGUCCCAACAGCGUUUCCGAGACCAGCAAUAUCCCGAAGGAGGAGAUCGCGGUGGCUUGGACGAGCCCUCCCGAGGGAAGCGGCUGCAUUCUCAUUAGAGCGACGGUGAUGGAAACUCCCGACACGUGGUACAUGGACGAUGGAGGAGUCGCAAGAACAAUUUGUCCGGAUCCAAAAGCUAUUGAAGAUGAUCCUGGGCCUAUCUUGCCGACGUGUUGCGCUUGCGACGAGGCCAAGUACGAGGUCACCUUUGAGGGUCUUUGGUCAAGAAACACUCAUCCAAAAGACUUUCCGAGCAAGGGCUGGAUGAUAAGAUUCUCUGACGUGAUCGGGGCUUCGCAUACCGUCGACUACAGAUUUUGGAGGUACGAUGAAACCGCCAGCGAGGUCCCGUCACCUGAUUGGAUUGUCGGUGUUUCUGGGCUGGAGCUCUGCUUGUCAAAUUGCUCGUGGAUUGAACACAAGGAGCUCAAUUUGUACCCAAUCGAUGCCGGUACUGAUGACGGUAUCACUUAUAUGUCACCGGAUUCCCCGCUGGAGGACCCGGAGCCAAUAAAGCGGAUAACAACCAACUGGCCGAAUGACACGAGAUCUCCGUUUUAUGAUCCCCUUGGGCUGGACAUGAAACCCAUGGCGAAAUUACAUCUCAGCAGACAGAGACUCUAUGAGAAAUCUUGCAACGCAUCCUUGGGUGAUUCUGCCGUAGAUUCAGGUGGUGAUAACAAUGAUAUUAAUAAUAAUAAUAAUGAAGGUAGUGAGAAUUCCACAGGUGAAGAGGGUGAAGGGGGUGGCGAGGGUAACAAAAGUAGCGAAGGUGAACCGUGCAGAACAACGCAGUGGAGCGCGUGGGGAAAAUGUUCGGAGCCUUGCGGCGAGGGGAAAAGAUUGAGGCAAAGAAAAUACGAAGAUCCGGUAGCUGCUGCCGCUCAUAAUUGCAAUAAAUCCGACGGACAGGAGAGAGAAAAAACAAUUUUAGACACACCGGAUUGUAAAUUAAGCGAAUGGGGAGAGUGGAGCUCUUGUACAACGAGCUGUGGAGAGGGUGAGAUCACGCGGUCGCGUAUUUUUGUCCACAAAAAACACCGCAAGCGAUGCAAGCUCGUGUCAAACGGUCCAGAGCUCCAACAAACAGUUCCUUGUGAAAAUGAGCCCUGCGAAAACACGAAAACUGAAGAGGUAAGCAAAAAAGAGGAUCUAGAUGAUGACGUUGUUGUUGAUGAUGAUGAGGUCGAGGAGCCCACCGAGGCUGAGGAGGGAGAGACUCACCCAGAUGAGGAGAAUGAGGAGGAGGAAAAUGACGCUGAGGGGGAGGAGGGAGCCGAGGGAGAUGAGUCUGAGGAGUUAGAUUCUGAGAAGGAGGAGGAAAUGAAUUAUCAAGAAGAUGAUGAAAAUAAUCCGGUGGAGGUAACCGAGGAAUGGUUGCAGGUGAGAAUAAAUGAUACUUAA